ACUAGACCACAGGAACAUUUCAUUUCCCUGUGAGCAGGAAUAAGUCAGCUGCAGGUCGCUCCUGUUCUUAAGAAGAACUGAAGUCAUGGCUCCAACAGCGCGUAAGCAUGGUGCAAAACCUGGAGACUUGAUCGAGAUUUCCCGUGGGGCAUAUCAGCACUGGGCUGUCUACAUCGGUAAUGAUGAAGUCGUCCAUUUGACUAUUGACGGACUGGUGAAAUGUGACAACAUCUGGAAAGUGGUUCUGAAUGAUAAGUUCAAAGUCAACAAUCUCUUGGAUAAUGAGUACCACCCACAUACACCUGAUGUCAUCGUUAAAGAGGCCAAAGAGAGGGUGGGGAAGAAAGUGCGGUACUCUUUGACCGACUAUAACUGUGAGCACUUUGCCGCAGAGCUACGAUACGGCAAGCCUGAGUCAAGGCAGGUCAGAAUUACAAUUUUUAAAGUUCUUAGAUAUGUUGGAACUUGUGGAGUUAUUGGAACUCUUGGAGCUUUUGGAGGUGUUGGAGCUGCUGCGGUUGCUGGAGCUAUUGGAACUGCUUCAACUGCUGGAGCUUUUGGAGUUGCUGCAUCAGCAGGUGUGGCUGUUGCAUCUGCUGCUUCUGCCCUUUUCAAAAGACGCAAGAGAUAAGUCGAUUGAGAAAAGGUUAUAUAUGAAUGCAAGUAUUUCAUAUAAUUUGAAUUGCAAAUACACCAAGAUGUAUAAUCCAAAGUAAAAUGAUCAAAUUAAAAAUGUUGUGUUUUUAUUUCAAGUUGUAUUGUUUACUAUCAAUAUUAUUUUGUUGAGCAAACAAGUUGAAGUCACAUUUGUAUUUGUAUUGUGUUUCUUUGAUUAUUAAAUCUUGGUUAUUCUG